GGUCGAGUCAAGAUGGGGAUCCAUCGGCAUACAGGCGAACAGGUGGCCAUCAAGGUCAUCUCACGAAGCCAGCUGGCCACGUCGUCCACCAUGGCCCGCUGUGUACAGCGCGAACUGGCUGUCUUGCAAUUGCUGCACCAUCCUCACCUUGUCGAUCUCCGCCAGGUCUUGCAAGACUCCCAGAACGUCUACUUUGUCAUGGAGUACAUGGAGGGUGGUGAGCUGUUCCAGGUCCUUUCCCGACGGGGCAAGCUGCCUGAAGACGAGGCCAGGCAUUUGUUUCGGCAAUUGACAACCGCAUUGGCCUGGUGUCAUGCACAUCAUAUCUGCCAUCGAGACUUGAAGCCCGAGAACAUCUUGCUGGACAAGGAACAGAAGCAUGUCAAGAUUGCAGACUUUGGCAUGGCCGCCAUCCAGUCGCCGGAUGCACUCCUCCAGACCAGCUGCGGCUCCCCCCACUAUGCAAGCCCGGAAAUAGUGAGGGGCAAGCACUAUUAUGGCCCGGCCUCAGAUGUAUGGUCAUGCGGCGUUAUUCUGUACGCCAUGUUGACUGGCCAUCUCCCCUUUGACGACGACAGUGUCAGUCGCCUGUUGUCCAAGAUCAAGGCCGGUCGCUAUAUUCCACUACCAUCCAAUGUAUCGCGCGAGGCUAGAGAUCUCAUCAAAAGCAUGCUUGUCGUGGAUCCUUGCAAACGUAUCAGCCUUGAUGCGGUUCUGGCUCAUCCUUGGUUGACAAACAAGUCAUUCCUGGGUUCCGACCUACGCUUCCCAGAUUCCUUGCCACUUCAUCCCAAGCCGCAUGAUCCCCUGCAUGACCAGGACUUGCGGCGACCCGUCAUCGCGGACGCAACCGAUUUGGACGGCCGCAUUUGGGAAACCCUCAAGGUCUUGUGGCGCGACUGUAGUCAGGAUGAUCUUUUGGUUGUUACUAACCGCCAUGAUAUUAGAACGAAUGUCCCUAAACUCACAUGUCGACUAUUACAACAGCGCGCGUGGCGUCAGGAGAAUGGUAGAGUGCCCUUCUUUAAACUAUUUAUUCAGGACCUAAUACGCUUAUGCAGAGAGAGAGAGAGAGAGUGAGUGUGUGUGUGUAAUCGAAC